GAGGAGGCUCGAGGAGCAGGUGAGAGAGGGAAAAGGACAAGCGUGUUCAUUCUUCCACGCUUCACAACUAACUCGCACACGCAGCGUGGGAGGACGGUGACUACAUUCUGUUUUUCUUCUUACGCCGCACCACUUGGGACGUAGUUUUUUUUUGUUUCGUUUUGUUUAUUUUCAUGAGCACUUUUGUCUGGAGUUGAGCCCGGUCUGCCGGGCGGAUGACUCGGUCGCUUUGACUCAGGCUGCGGGAUUGUCAGCGACUCUUCCACGGCAGAAUGGGAAUUCAAAUCUCGCUCUUGGAGUGGAUCGAAGCGUGGAUUUUUUUGCAGGUAAAAUGACCUGAACUUAUGCGAGUCCGGGAUUAAUUUUUUUUAUGGACUUCAACACUUUUUUUAUUUUUUAUUUUUGGUUAAAAGUGACUCUCGACGACAUUUAUUCCCGUUCGACGUCCCGUUCUUCAUUUUCACGUCACGGAGAGCAUCCACUUCUAUUUAUUUUUAAUUUGAUUCUUCAUCAAGACGCCACACCCGAAGAACUGUCUUCUACUUCAAGGAAAGUUUACACAAGAUUUGGGAUAAAAACAACAGGAGGAAGGAAAUAAAUUACCCCCCCUUCUCCUCCCCCAGGACAGCUCUGGAAUUAUUGCUUUGCGGAAAGUGGAUACAUCUUCCACCUCUCUGAUUGCCAUCACGAUGAAACUGGGACUGGGAUGCGUGUGUCGGCCGGCCUCCUGGCCCGUGGGCAGCGUACUGGACUCCAGACAUUGCGUAUUUGCGCUCACGCUCCUCACCCUCCUCAUGCAGGUGGUGGUGGAGGCCAACUCGUGGUGGUCUUUAGCCAUGAACCCACUUCUGAUCCCCGAGGCCUACAUCAUUGGUGCCCAGCCUCUGUGCAGCCAGUUAGCGGGGCUCUCGCAAGGCCAGAAGAAGCUCUGCCAGCUCUACCAGGACCACAUGCAAUAUAUCGGCGAAGGGGCCAAGACCGGUAUCAGAGAGUGCCAGUAUCAGUUCCGACAUCGGCGCUGGAACUGUAGCACGGUGGACAACUCCUCUGUUUUCGGACGGGUCAUGCAAAUAGGCAGUCGAGAGACGGCUUUCACCUACGCCAUCAGCGCCGCAGGGGUCGUGAACGCGGUGAGCCGUGCCUGCAGAGAGGGGGAGCUGUCGAGCUGCGGUUGCAGCCGUGCCGCACGCCCGAAAGACCUGCCACGGGAUUGGCUGUGGGGCGGCUGCGGCGAUAAUCUCAACUAUGGCUACAGGUUCUCCAAGGAGUUUGUGGAUGCCCGUGAGCGGGAGAAGAGCUACCCAAAAGGCUCGCAAGACAGCGCGCGACUUUUGAUGAAUCUUCACAAUAACGAGGCUGGCAGACGGACGGUGUCUGAUCUCGCCCACGUGUCCUGCAAGUGCCACGGGGUAUCGGGCUCCUGCAGCCUCAAGACCUGCUGGUUGCAACUGGCCGACUUCCGCAAAGUCGGCGACGCGCUGAAAGAAAAAUACGACAGCGCCGCCGCAAUGAAGCUCAACUCACGCGGGAAACUGGUGCAGAUGAACAACAAAUUCAACCCCCCCACAAGCCACGACCUGGUCUACAUCGAGUCCAGUCCGGACUACUGCCUGCUGAAUCAAAGCACCGGCUCGCUGGGCACGGUGGGGCGCCUCUGCAACAAGACCUCAGAGGGGAUGGAUGGCUGCGAGCUGAUGUGCUGCGGUCGCGGUUACGACCAGUUCAAGGCCCAGUUGGUGGAGCGAUGCCACUGCAAGUUUCACUGGUGCUGCUACGUCAAGUGCAAGCGAUGCACCAAAAUCGUAGACCAGUUUGUCUGCAAGUGAGACCAUUCCGACUUCGGCGUGAGCGGAGAAGUCCGAGACUUCUAAGAGAAACUAUAUAAAUUAUAUUUAUAGAGUUAAACAAUUAUGCCAUUGGAAAAAAAAAAAAAAGGACUUGGCUUUUUUUUUUUUUUUUACCCCCCCCCCCAAAAAAAAUCGUAUGACUUCAGAAAGAGUAUCGUGAGAUAUUUAUUUUCAGAAUUUUUAUGUCAACCCGGCUGAAUUUUUAACUCCUGCAAGUGCCUAAAAAUGGCUGGAACCCCCCUUUUUUUCCACAAAAUGGUACUUUCUAUCAGGAGAAUGCUUGUGUGCUGUAGUGUAUGGAUGGAUGUGUUUUUUUUUUGUUUUUUUUUUCCCACACUCCCCAUUCCCAAACCAGCUCUUGCAUCCUUCCCAAUCCUGACUUCAAUCCCAAAAUGUUGGUUUGUGUUCUGUUUUUAGGACUGAGCCAUUUUUAUUAAGCUGUCCUUGAUCCACAACAAGCUCUCCGCCAUUACGCACUUUUAAUAGACGCUUCAAUGUGUCACUUAAUAUAGCAAUAUUAUUCCAUAUUAAUGCAAAAUAUUCAUUUACCAUAAUCUACAGUACAUAACUUGGUUUGAUUUAUAUAUGGUUUGAUUCCGUUGGUGAAAUAGUCCAUGUCUUAUGUAUAUAGUACGUUUAUUCAAACAAUCAGUAAAGUGUAUUUAUUUUUUUUGAACCAAAUUCCCCCCCCAUGCAGCGACAAACACGGCUAAUUAUUGAAUGGGAUAUCUUAAUAUGUAGUCACUGUUAUGAUUUCUCACAAACUCAUGCGGCUCCUCACGGUUUAUGUAAAGGGAAUUGCACCUUAUUGUUUGUCAAAGCCACCCUUUUUUUACGGUGUUACUGUUCACACACACGCUACACACGCUAUUACUGUGCACGUUGAACACGGAUGUUCCGAUUUCUGUAAUGGUAACACGCUUUUUCAGUACCACUCGGUUCGAUAAUCUGCGCCGGUCCAACUUUGUAUAUUUAUAAGCUUCCUCCAUCUCUACGUGAGGUCUGUUUAAACUUGAUGUGUAAUAGCAAAUAUUUGACUUUUACAAAUUGGCUCAAGGCUCUACUUUUGUUUCAAUAAAUAUAUCAAAACAGAAUUAUUUACUCAUAUCACGUUUGGCUUAAGUUUUUCAUUCCUUGUGCUCUUGAAUGCUAUGAAUUUAUUUUUGCAAAGUGCGGUUAUACAGUAAACCUCGGAUAUAUCGGAUUCAAUUGUUCCCACUGGUUUUGUCCGAUAUAAGCGAAAUCCGUUAUAUGCGUAUACCGGAAAAUGUCCGUUUUACGCAUAUAUCGGAUUUAUAUCCGGUAUAUGCGUAAAUCGGAUUUUAUCUGUUAUAAAAAGGCACUUCCUUGACUAUGUUUCCAAUGAACCUGGACGUGCAGGCAACGCUGCAAACGCUGCAAAUGACGUCGUAUAGCGGCCUGUCACGAUUCGGCGAAUCGGAGCGCCACGAUGCGGCCAUCCGAUAUAUGCGAGGGAAAUUUCAUGGAAAUGCAUUGGAACGGGACUGGAGAUUUUGUCUGAAAUAGGCGAAAUCCGUUAUAAAAAAUCCGAUAUAUGCAAUGAAUUUUUAUUGGAAAUGCAUUACAGAAAAAUCGUUUUUUUUUUUAUCCGUCCGUUGUGAGCGAAUUUCCGAUAUAUCCGAGUCCGAUAUAUCCGAGGUUUACUGUAUUCGGUUGGGCUGUUCAUCUUCAGCCCCCCGCUAGUGACGGACAAUUCCGCCUUCACGUGUUUUAGCCUCGUCGGUUUUUCGGUGGUGGUUAAAUCGUGUGCAGCGCUCAAUCUUCUGACAGC